AUGAAUCCCACAAGAUCGCUGCUAUCCCUCUCAGCGGCCUUUGCCCGCCUCGCCGUCCGACCCACCCUUCCCUCUAUCGCCUCUUUGCCAAGCAGGGCCGUCGCCCCGUCACAAUCGGCCAGGUUACUGAGAUCGGAGAGAGGCUUUGCUUCUAGCUCCCGUUGCGAAGCUACUAUCAACCAAGUGAUGCGCGGUGCCCGAAAGUCCUCCAAGCGAAAAUCCUCAGUCCCUCUUCUUCAAGACUGUUUCCAAAAGAAGGCUGUCUGCGCUAAAGUUUACACUACCAAGCCCCGUAAACCCAACUCUGCCGUUCGAAAAGUUGCCCGAGUCAAGCUCUCGAACGGUAUGAUGACCACGGCGUAUAUCCCUGGUGAGGGGCACAACUUGCAAGAACAUAGUGUGGUGCUUGUCAGGGGUGGUGGUGCGAAGGAUUUGCCCGGUGUCAGAUACAAGAUUGUGCGAGGAACGAUGGACUUGAACGGUGUCGCCGGGAGGAUCUCUGCGAGGUCCAAGUAUGGAGUCAAGAAGCAGAAGAAGAACUAG